AUGAAGACAAUUGUUUUGAUCGCCGCCAUCUGUCUAGUGGUCUUCAGCUGCUGGCUAGAUGUUUCGCAGGCGCAAAGCGCCAACGCCUCCACCUCUGACGCUGGUAUCCCAAAAAGAGUGACAGUCUCCAACUUGCAAUACACGGUCGUGAGGAGAAUCAGUGUCGGGAAUGCGACGACAAGCAGCACCAGUUCGCGCAGUUCCGGGACCAGCAGCAGGAUCAAGACCAACCGAAACCUACGCGCCAAGAGCAAGCAGGCGGCCAAGAGAACAGCCGCCAGGCGCACCCGGAACUCUCGUCGUGUCAGGCGCUAA